GAAUUAGAGAAGAAAAAAGGAGGAAAAAGAAAAAAAAAAAUGAAGAAAAGAUUUUGAUAAUUUGAUCUGAUUUUGAAAAGGGGAAGACAUCUCAAAACACAAAUAUCUUGCUCUUCAUUCUCUCUCUCUCUCUCUCUCUCUCUCUCUCACCUGCAUAAAGCUUAGCCGAUACUUACGCUUCGUGUCCUGAGACCGAGAAGGAGUUAUUAGGGUUUCUGUCUUCGAGCUUCAAUCGAAUUGAACUGAGAUUGAUUACAUGCUUGUUCCAGGGUUUGAUCUGCGAUUGGUGUAGAGGAAAGGGAAAAAAGAUUCUGUUAGUUUGAAGUCCUCCGAUAUUUUGUUAUAUUCUGUUAGCUGGAUUAGGCAUUUGCUUUUAGCUUUGGGAUUAUCCUAAAAUUAGGAGCAAUUUUGGAGAUGAGCACUUCAUGGGCAGAUUCUGUGGCUAAUUCAGAGAAUGCAGCUGCUGGUUCUUCUGAUAACAAUAGUGUUUCUCGUCCUACACGACCAACUUAUGUUCCGCCCCAUCUUCGUAACAAGCCACCGUCAUCUGAGCCUCCUGCUCCUUCCCAGGCUAAUGACCGUGUAGUUUAUGGUGGGCCCUCUGGUGGUUCCCGCUGGGGUGGUGGUCCUAGACUUGAUUAUGGGCGUCAAGGGUAUGGCUCUGGUGGCUUCGGGUAUAGUUCUGGAGUUAGAGGUGGUGGCUGGAAUAAUAGAAGUGGGGCCUGGGACAGGAGAGGACACGAAGUAAACCCAUUUGGUGAUGAUGAUAAUGAUGCCGAGCAGGCCUUUAGUGAGCAAGAGAACACAGGGAUUAACUUUGAUGCCUAUGAGGAUAUUCCAGUUGAGACAAGUGGAGACAAUGUUCCGCCACCUGUUAAUACAUUUGCUGAAAUAGACUUAGGUGAAGCAUUAAACCAAAAUAUUCGCAGAUGCAAGUACGUAAAGCCCACACCAGUUCAACGUCACGCGAUUCCAAUAUCGCUCGCUGGGCGGGAUUUGAUGGCUUGUGCUCAAACGGGGUCGGGGAAGACAGCUGCUUUUUGCUUUCCAAUUAUUAGUGGAAUCAUGCGGGAGCAGUAUGUACAGAGACCACGUGGUGCCCGCACAGUUUACCCGCUUGCUCUUAUUCUCUCCCCAACAAGGGAGCUAUCAUGCCAGAUACAUGAUGAGGCUAGAAAGUUUUCCUAUCAAACUGGUGUCAAGGUGGUGGUUGCUUAUGGGGGAGCGCCAAUCAACCAACAGUUGCGUGAGCUUGAGAGAGGAGUUGAUAUUCUUGUAGCAACUCCAGGACGAUUGGUUGAUUUGCUCGAGAGGGCUAGAGUUUCAUUACAGAUGAUUAGAUACUUAGCACUCGAUGAGGCAGAUAGGAUGCUGGAUAUGGGAUUUGAACCUCAAAUUAGAAAGAUUGUGGAGCAAAUGGACAUGCCUCCACCAGGUGUUAGACAGACAAUGCUUUUUAGCGCCACAUUUCCAAAAGAGAUACAGAGGCUUGCAUCUGAUUUCCUUGCAAACUACAUAUUUUUGGCUGUUGGAAGAGUUGGUUCAAGUACUGAUUUAAUUGUUCAAAGAGUAGAAUUUGUUCAUGAGUCUGACAAGAGAAGCCAUCUUAUGGAUCUUCUUCAUGCACAGAGAGAAAAUGGAACACACGGCAAGCAAGCUCUUACAUUAGUUUUUGUUGAGACAAAGAAGGGGGCAGACUCCUUGGAACAUUGGUUGUGUAUGAAUGGGUUUCCGGCAACUACCAUUCAUGGUGAUAGAACACAACAGGAAAGGGAGAUGGCAUUAAGAUCAUUUAAGAGCGGGAAUACGCCAAUAUUGGUGGCAACAGAUGUUGCUGCACGAGGUCUUGACAUACCCCAUGUUGCUCACGUAGUUAACUUUGAUCUACCCAACGACAUUGAUGAUUAUGUUCACCGGAUAGGACGAACAGGGCGAGCAGGAAAAACAGGGUUGGCAACUGCCUUCUUUAAUGAGAACAAUUUGUCAAUGGCAAGGCCCCUUGCUGAUCUAAUGCAGGAAGCAAACCAGGAAGUGCCUGCUUGGCUCACUCGGUAUGCAUCCCGUGCUUCAUAUGGUGGUGGAAAAAAUCGGCGAUCUGGGGGAGGGCGUUUUGGUGGCCGUGACUUCAGAAGGGAAGGCUCUUUUACUAGAAAUAUGGAUUACUAUGGAGGGAAUAGUGGUGGUGGUGGGUAUGGUGUGCCUGGAGGUUAUGGUGGGGGUUAUGGUCCUGGUAUGACCAGCGCAUGGGAUUAGAGUCCCAACUUUUACUUAAUCUUUCUUUUUCCGUUUUUGUUUUCUCAUGACUAUAUAUAUAUAUUUUCCCUUCAGAGUUUAAGGAUAAUUUUGUGUCUUCAUCUCUUUUUCAACUGCUGCUGACUUUUUGUUGGGUUUCGAUAUUGGAUUUAUUGUGGCAAGUUCUAUUGAGAGGAGUAUCGGGAAUAUCCUCUCUGAUUGGAGGAUGGAUGUAAUUAUGGUUUUCUUUUUAGUGAGAUAACGUGUUAGAUUUCUCUAUGUGCCUCUAUGCACAUCUGCAUGAGCACACCGAGAGACUAGGAAGGUGUUAUUUCCAUUUUUUGUUAGGUGAGAAUUUCUGAAAGAAUUACAUACAAUCUGAAUAGAAUUACAUGCAAGGAAGACUCUAGCUUUAGUUUCA